AUGUCUGAAAAUUUUAAUAAUGUAAUAGUUAUAUCAGAUAAUGAAGAUGAUAUUAAUAAUAAUAAUGAUAAUAAUAAAAAUCAAAUAGUAAUGAAAAAGGAGGAGAUAGUAUUUUGGAAAGUUUUUAGAAACAUUGUUUUAAAAAAAAAGAUAUUCGAAAGUAUUAAAUCAAACUAUAUUAGAUAUGAAAUAAAGAAAUAUGAUGAAAUAGUUAAAGUAGAAUGGAUGAUUAAUAAUGGUUAUAUUGGUUUAUUAAGAGAUAAGGUUAGAAUUGCAUUUAGACCAUUACAAUUCUUGUUUGGUGAUGAUUUUAGUCAUUUCAGUGCAGAUAAUCGCCACAUGAAUCCCAGGGAUCUUUUCUCACCAAAUCGAUUCAAUAAUUUUAGAAUUAUAAAUUCCAGUGAUGAAAUUAGAGAAAAGUUUAAUAUAGAAAGUUUUAGAUUUAUUUCGAUAGAUUAUUCAAAUCAUUUUUUUAAUGUAAUUAAAGAACCAACUGAAGAAAACUAUAUAUUCUAUGAACAAUUAUUUUCAAACUAUCCAGAAUACUUUCAAACAUCAAUAGAUGAAACAUUUUAUAUAAUCACAGAAUACGAUUGUAUGAUUGCAUUAAAAGUUUUAGUAGAAAAGUUUGACUACUCACCAAGUGGUAGAAUGUUUCAAAGAUGUAUUGAAAUUGGUUCUUUCAAUUGUUCAACUUAUUUAAAUCAAACAUUUGAAAUACCAUUAAAUAACAUCACUCAAUAUUGGAAUGAAAUGUUUUAUAAUGAAUCUCAUCAAGCUUCAAUUUCAACACCAAAUGUAAUCAAUGAAAGAGUUGGUUACUUAAUUAAAAACACAGGGAAUAAUAAUAGUAGUAAUAUACCAAGUUUACCAAGUGAAUUUAGAUUAGGUCAUUUAUUUUAUUGUAUUUUAAAUGAAAUUAAAUUAAAAACUUUAUUAGAAUGUAUUGAAACAAUAUUACUAUUAUCAGAACAAUCAAAAGAGUUUAUUGAAUCAAUUUCAUUAAAUAAAUAUAAAUCAUCCAAAAAAGGUGAUUUAAGUAAUUCAAAUAUUAUAGAAUACUUUUAUAAAGAAUUUAAAGGUAUUCCAAUGUUAACAAGAGAAGAAAUCAAUGAAAUGAAAUUUACAAAUGACGAACUAAAUAUAGAAGUAUGUCAAUUCAGUAGCGAUAAUCAAUCGAUUCAAAAACUAUACGAAAUGGUAUUAUUAUUUACAUUACCAUCAAAUUUACAAGAGAAUUUUCAAUUUUAUCAAUUUAAAUAUCAUUAUGGUAAAUCAAAUUUAACAACAACUCCAUCAAACCAAACAUUAAAAUUCAAUUGUAUACAAUUUGGUAUAUAUGACGAGAAAUCAAUUGAUUGGGUUAUACCUAAUUUUGUUGCUCAAAAACGUGAAAUUUUCAAAUUUUGCAAGAAUGAUACAAAUAAAAUGACAGAAUUUAUAAUGUCCCUUUAUAAGAAUAAUAAAUUAGAAUGGCUUGUAGCACUUUUAGUAAAACGUACUUUACAUUUUCCUUCUAAAAACAUUUUGAGGAUUAAUUAUAAAAUUCUUCAAAUCAUUUCAAACAAUGAUGAAAUUCUUGAUAAAAUUAACAAUUUAGAAAGGGCAAUGCAAAAUUGGGGCCGUAUGCUAAUUAUCUACAAAUAUAUUAGCAUAACAGAAAAAGAAUUUCAUUCUCUUUAUAACAUUCACAGUAAAUUUACACAUGAUGAUCAAUUGGUCAAUUAUAUUUCAUCAUAUUUUAAAUUUCAAUAUAUGUCGAAAAUUCAUUUAAACCAUAUCUUUGUUAAUAGGGGAGACGAAUUUAAAUUUGUAAAAAAUAGUUUCGAAUUCUUCUUUUAUGUAGCAUUUUUUCAAUUCACUCAAUCCAAAAAUAAAUUUUCUUUUGAAAUUAGUACAGACAAACCUAUCCCUUCGGGUUUUGAUGGUGUUUCAUUAAAAACUAAAAUUAAAAUGUUGCAUUGGCUAGUUGAAAAUUUAACAAAUGAAGAAUUAUCCUCAAAUUUUAUUUAUUUACUUAAAGAUUAUUUAACACCACAUGAUCUUUUAUUAUUUCAAUUUAUUUUAUUGCUACAUAAUAAAAAUAAUAAUAAUAAUAAUUUAAACUAUAAUGAAAGUAAAGAUGGAAAUCAAGGAAAUAUUAAAUUAAAAGAAUUUUUUAUUAAAUCAAAUAAAAGUAAUAUGAAUUAUGUUUUUCAGUAUAUUGGUAUUUUUGGAGAUUUAGAAGUAUUAUCAAUUAUAAUGGAAAGUUUAUUCCCAACUAUUGAAUCAUCAAUUGAUCAUAGACAUUUAAUUUAUGAAACAUUAACUGAAGCAGUUUUAGAAGGUAGAAUUAAUAUUUUCAAAUUUUUAAAUGAAAAUUAUUCAUUCGUUUUCCAAACAAGUACAUCUGUUGUAGGGAACGAUAAUCCAUUAAAAAAGAUAACAACCUCUCGAUUACAAUUUUUAUUAACUUUAUCAAUUGGAAAAGGUGAUAUUCAUAUGACUCAAUAUUUAAUAUCAGAUUUAAAAUUAUCAUACUCUCCCAAAAAAAUUAGAUAUUCAAAAGAUAACACUUGGUUAAUUAAUUAUUAUAAAAUUGAUAAAGUUAUUAAUCCAUUGAAAUAUAAAAAUUAA